AUGGUGCACAUCGCUGGUACCCAAGCCUUCGAGACCGUCUCCGAUGCAGUGGACGAAGUCAACAAGUUGAAGGGUGCCGUGUCGAAGACCGAAUGGAGCGCAUCGUCUGCUUUCGACUCGGAGAAGGACAAAACGGCCUUCCGCCAGUACGAAGACGCAUGCGAACGCGUCAAGACUUUCUAUCGCGAGCAGCAUGAGAAGCAAACCGUAGAGUUCAAUCUCCGCGUGCGCCAGAACUUCAAGAAGACUGUCCGGGCGCGCAUGGGCAUCUGGGAGGCCAUGGAGAUGCUCGACACUUUGGUGGACGACUCUGAUCCCGACACGAGCCUGACGCAAAUUGAACACCUGCUGCAAACGGCGGAGGCCAUCCGGAGGGACGGUAAACCCGAGUGGAUGCAGGCCGCCGGUCUGGUGCACGACCUCGGGAAGCUGCUCUAUCUCUUCGGCUCUGAAGGCCAAUGGGAUGUCGUUGGUGACACCUUCGUUGUCGGAUGCAAGUUCUCCGAGAAGAACAUCUAUCCUACGACAUUCGAGGGCAACCCUGACGCUCACGAUCCUGUCUAUUCGACCGAGUACGGUGUGUACGCUCCCAACUGCGGCCUCGAGAACGUAAUGUUGUCGUGGGGGCACGACGAGUACCUCUACAACGUCUUGAAGAACCAAAGCAGCCUGCCCGAGGAUGCGCUAUAUAUGAUUCGAUACCACAGCUUUUACCCGUGGCAUCGUGAGGGCGCAUACUCCCACCUCACAAACGCUGCCGAUGAACGUGCAUUGGCCGCAGUGCGCGCUUUCAACCCAUAUGAUCUGUACAGCAAGAGCGACGACCCGGUCGACCCGGAGAAGCUCAAGCCCUACUAUCAAGGCUUGAUCGCAAAGUUCUUCCCCGAUGUCAUUGAGUGGUGA